CGGGGCGCCGUAGCAGCAGCAGCAGCACCCAGCGGGGGCGGUUAGCUGUCAGGCGCUGACGGGGGACGGGCGCGCCCAGUUGGUCGCCGCUUCCCCGGCGGCGGCUGAGGCGUCGUUGUCGCCGCUGCUGCUACUGCCUGUGCAGAGCGGGGAGGGGUCUCUCUCUCCUUCUCUCGCUCUCUUUCUCCGGCCAUGGACGAACAGGCGGGGCCCGGCGUCUUCUUCAGCAACAACAACAACAACAACGCGCUGCUCCUGCCGCCGCCGCCCGCUUCCUCCUCUCAGGCCGGGGCUGAGCCCGGGGAGGCGGCGGCGGCGGCAGCGGCGGCAGCGGCCGUAGCGGCGGCGGGUGGCGUCGCGGGGCCCCCCUCUUCCUCCUCUUCGUCGCCUUCUUCGGGAGCGGCGGUGCCGGCCUCUGCGGCGCGGGCUCAGUACAGCGUCCCCGGCAUCCUCCACUUCCUGCAGCACGAAUGGGGCCGCUUCGAGGCCGAGCGCGCCGAGUGGGAGGCCGAGCGGGCCGAGCUGCAGGCACAAAUUGCCUUCCUUCAAGGGGAAAGAAAAGGUCAAGAGAAUUUGAAGAAGGAUCUAGUGCGGAGAAUAAAAAUGUUGGAAUAUGCUCUUAAACAAGAAAGAGCUAAAUACCACAAAUUAAAGUAUGGCACUGAGCUGAAUCAGGGGGACAUGAAACCUCCAAACUAUGAUUCAGAUGAAGGGAAUGAGACUGAAGUCCAGUCACAGCCAAAUAGUCAACUCAUAUGGAAACAAGGGCGACAAUUGCUCAGACAAUACCUCCAAGAAGUGGGAUACACUGACACAAUACUGGAUGUGAAGUCAAAACGGGUACGGACUUUGCUGGGUCUCUCAGGCGAUGACCCUGACAGAGAUAAUGACAAAAACCAAGAAUCAAUGGUGAAUGGCGCAGAUGCAGAGAUUAAAGAGAAGGUGAUGAUUGGGAAACCAGAUUUGACCGAUUCUGCCUCUCUGCUAGAGACAUUUAAAUUCCUUGAAAAUGCUGCUGCGGAAUUUAGUGAUGAAGAUGAUGACGACGAUGUUGAUGGAAGAGAGAGAACAAUCAUGGAUACAUCAACGAUUGUAAGAAGAAAGGUGGUAUCUGAUAAUAAUGACGACAGAGAUACUGAAGAAGCACUGAAGGAAUUUGAUUUUUUGGCCACAUCCGAUGAAGGAGAUGGAGAAUCUAGAAGUUCUGGAGAUGGAACAGACUGGGAAAAGGAAGACCAGUGUCUCAUGCCUGAAGCUUGGAAUGUGGACCAGGGAGUAAUAAGCAAACUGAAGGAACAAUACAAAAAGGAGCGCAAGGGGAAAAAGGGGGUGAAGAGAAAAACUACCGAAGAUAUGUUUCAGCCUCAGUCCUAUAUAAAACAGUCAAAACAGGGAUGUGGGAAAAUGAUGGAGCAAAAUACAGGGCCCAACAGGUCAAAACUUCAAGAUAUGCUUGCCAAUUUAAGAGACGUUGAUGAUCUGCCUGCAUUACAACCAUCUGUUGUGCCACCUACCAGACCCAGUACCUCACGGCUUAUUGAACAAGAGGUGAAUAGAACAGAUGAAGUGGAAGCUUUAACAUUCCCUCCUUCAUCUGGAAAGUCUUUCAUUAUGGGAACAGAUGAAGCCCUUGAGAAUGAGCUUGGUCUCGGAGAAUUGGCAGGGCUCACGGUAGCCAAUGAAGCAGAUUCACUGACAUACGAUAUAGCAAAUAAUAAAGAUGCCCUGAGGAAGACUUGGAAUCCCAAGUUUACAUUAAGAAGUCACUUUGAUGGAAUAAGAGGCCUGGCUUUCCAUCCAGUUGAACCAGUAUUAAUUACAGCAUCCGAAGAUCAUACGUUAAAAAUGUGGAAUUUGCAGAAAACAUCUCCAGCAAAAAAGAGUGCCUCUCUUGAUGUCGAACCUAUAUAUACUUUCAGGGCACAUACCAGCCCAGUGCUUUGCGUGGUAAUGAGUAAUAGUGGGGAACAGUGUUACAGCGGGGGAACUGAUGGUCUCAUCCAGGGUUGGAAUACUACAAACCCAAAUAUUGAUCCAUAUGAUUCGUAUGAUCCUUCUGUCUUAAGAGGUGCAUUUUUAGGCCACACAGAUGCUGUGUGGGGCUUGGUUUACAGUGGAACACACCAGCGCUUGCUUUCGUGUUCAGCAGAUGGCACCAUACGUUUAUGGAAAGCGUUGGAAAUCUCUCCAGCUCUGAACAUAUUUAAUGAUAAUCAAGAAAUGGGGAUUCCAUCUUCUGUGGACCUUGUGAGCAGUGACCCAAACCACAUGGUAGCAUCAUUUAACAGCGGGCAUACAUGCAUUUUUAAUAUGGAAACAAGGCAACGCAUUCUUACCUUGGAAUCCGAUGUAGAUACUGUAGUUACAUCUUCUUGCCAAAUAAACAAAGUGAUCAGCCAUCCAACUCUUCCAAUCAGUAUCACAGCUCAUGAGGACAGGCACAUCAAAUUCUAUGACAAUAAUACAGGGAAAUUGAUUCACUCCAUGGUAGCCCACUUGGAUGCAGUCACGAGUUUAGCUGUUGAUCCAAACGGCUUAUACUUGAUGUCUGGCAGCCACGAUUGUUCAAUACGCUUAUGGAACCUUGAGAGCAAGACCUGCAUUCAAGAGUUUACAGCUCAUCGCAAAAAACAUGACGAAUCUAUUCAUGAUGUGGCAUUCCACCCCACCAAAUGUUACAUUGCCAGUGCAGGAGCAGAUGCGCUUGCUAAAGUCUUUGUAUGAUGCAAUACUUUGCUUCCCUUCUAGCUGCCAUGUAUAUAUAACAUGCUGUACAAAAGACAAGGGCAAGGAUCUUCUCUUUGUGCCCUAUAAUUCAAAUGAAUGUUAGUAAUAGUUCAGGGUUUAGGAUUUUUUGUUUUUGUUUUGCUGCAGGGUGCUCUUUUCUAAAUUAAAGGGUUGCUUGGUUAUAUGAGCUCAGUGAGUGCUGAGACCUGGGAAACUCUUCAUUUCAGAAGGUCUAUAGAAGAAUCAUUUUUAUUUUUGAAGACAUCAAUAUUUGUCCAGGCUGGUCUUGGGCAAAAUGGGAUCCUCUAAAAACAGUAUGAGCAAUGCAGAGUAGUCAGGUUUUGUUUUUGUUUUUUUUGUUUGUUUUUUUUAAGCCAAUAGCUCGAUUUCUGUGGAGCAUGGGCAUAUAAAAAUGUUUCUCUCUGUUUCUUCUUGUAUUUUAUUUGCAAAAUUCCUUAAAAUUACCAUAUAGUUUUGUGAUUCAUGUAACCUGGAGCCCUGAGAUGAAUAGCAUCCUAUGUUCUUAUUUUGGUAUUGAAAGAUUGAAUAAUGUACAGAAAGUAAUAAAUAAUUCAGUCUUAUCCUACUGGCUGUUACAUUAGGUGGACUGGAUUUAAAAUGUUAAAUAUUUUAAAAUAUUAAUAAAGUAAUUCGCGAAAUAAAUCAUAUAUGAUUCAUAUUCAAGCCCUUAAAAUUAUGGUUAGCAAGUGGCCGGAACCACAAUUAAUUCUGUAAUCUAUCUUAAUAGAAUAUGGAGGACAUCUGUAUGCAAGAGUAAGGAAACUUCAAAUGGUUGAUACACUCAGAUCAUAUUAAGAGCUUUUUAAAAUGCUGAAACUUUCACCCUUUCAACUAAGUUAGAAAUGAUACCUUUAACAGGUCUUACUGUUGAAAUACAAUAAUAUGUAUUUGUGCUUCGAGUACCUCCUUCAAUUUAUCCUACACACAUUUACACACAGCAUUGGAACUGUUAUCUUAUGGUACGCUGUUUCAUGCUGCUAGGAAUUGCUUGAGUGUGAAUAUGAGUGUGUCUGUGAGAGAAGGAUUGGGUGUGAAUGAGGGGUAAAAUGAAUCAGCUAAGUAAAUGACCCUGUCAGGACUUAGCUCCACACUCUCCCAGUGGACUAGUGGUGCGGAGAGUGGAGAACAAAUGCAUUUAUUCUUGCUUAGUUCACAUAUUUCACAGCAUUAGGAAACAUUGCUAUUCUGAGGGCGCGUGGAGUGAUUAAUGGCUGUCAUUCCAGUACAAAAACUGUUGCAGAAUAUUGAAAAGGUAUUUAUGACUUUCAAAACUGUAUAACAUCCUAUGACUCUAAAAGAUUUAUCAUGAAUUGUGGAAGUGACCAAAAGUAAAUGGUAUUGUUGUACAGGAAAGAUUUUCCGCCCUAUCAUCCUGUGACUUAAUCCUUUUUGCAGAUAGGGCACAAAUAAUUGAUUUUUGUUUUGUUUUUAAAAGAAGAACUAACCAACCAAGAAUUAGAAAUUCUUUUGCAAUUAGAUCUUGGAAUGCUUUGAUUGCCACAGUUUUUAAGCAGAACAGAGAGUACAAUAUUUAGCACAGUUUGAGGUAUAGAUAAUUUUCUUCUGUUGGUUUUAAAAUGUAGAAUUCUACUUGUUUGGCAGUUUUUGAAAUGGUUAUAUGGUAAUGGAAAAACAAAAACAAAAAAGACCCCAAUGGCAUAUUCAAGGCUAACACAUUUAUUAUGACAUAUACUUUCAUGGAUAACAGCCCUGUAGUCCUCAAAGAUUAUGUCAUAAAAUGUUGGUCUUCAAGGUGACCCAGAACUAUACUGUUGGUAGAUAUUUUCUCUCUUGCACAUACUGAUGUUCAACAUAUUUCUCUUUAAUGCAACUAGCCUUUUAUUGUUUAAAAUACAGUAAUAAAGUGAUUUUCCUGACUUUGAGUCAAAGCAGACAACUGUACUGUAUAGGACACAUUUAUCUAUUUCUGACUUCUCUAUGUGCUCCUGUUUUCUUGGUGUAUUCAUUUGUAAAAAAAAAAGAUACUACAGAAGUUUAUUUGGGAAAAAAACAAAUACAUAAAGUUGUGUAUAUUAUAUGUGUGUACAUAUAUAUGUAUAUAGAUAGAUAUAGAGAGAAGUUGUAAACAGUAUGUAUUAAAUGCGUCUAAGGGAAAAUUCUCUAUAGGGUAAUUUUAAUGUUUUAGUAUUACAAAUUAUCCAAACUUUGUUAACUACAAAGAAUAAAAGGUAUGAGUAUCGUGCUCUUUGCUUAAGCAAUAUAAUACAUAGUUGCUGAUGUUUAAAUUGCUGUACAUAAAACUAAUAUGCCAGCAUGUUUGUUUUUAAGACUCCCAUUUGAUUAAAUUAUGAAUGUAAGGGAAAUAAAUGCUAUUCAGGGGUGGAUUGGAAGUUGUUCCAUCCUGUUAGUGAAUAUCUGAUCCAAGUGAAGUGACUUCUAAAAUAGGCAAAUAGCUAGAGGCUAAGGUGCCUUUUGACAAACAAAAUGUAGCCUUACUAUGAAGUUGUGGGCUCUGUAUUUGUGCUCUUCUCCAAACUCUGUGUUUGUGUCUGUCAGUCUCCUGCUUGCCUACUAUAGACUGCAUAGUACUGUGCACAAGUAUUGAAAUUCUUUGCUAUAUCAUCUUUAGCAAGAGAUAAUAACUUUUUUUAGUUUGACCUAACCUUCUUCGAUUUACCUCUCGGUGUUGGGUUGGACCUCUUUUAUGCAUUUUAUACGCAUUUGGACCAGAUGGCCCACACCUUCUUAAUAAAGCAUUUGCUUAGAAUUGACCAAAUGCACCGCCUUCAUUUGGAUAUUUUGUGAUUAGUCUGCAUUUAAAAGUGAUAUGUUUGAUCUUUGAGGGCCUGUUGAAUAUAGUUCUCAUCUUCUGAGGUUGUGGCUAUAAGGUGAUUAUAUCUUUCUUUUGGGAGAAGCUUGUGAACAAUCACGGCACACAUUUUUAUUAUUAUGAUUAUCAUUUAUUAUUUACUUUAUUUAUACCCUGCCUUUCUCCCUGAAGGGACUCAAGACCAGCUAACAAUUCACAUCCAUCUUCUUUUCCUUUUUACUUUUUGGCAAACUAGAGGCGGAAAGCUGAGGGUUACUUUUUGUCAACUUUCCUUUGUGAUGAAUAUAAAGACUUGAGAAUCACUGCUAAGAUCCAUAUUCAGAUAAAACUAGAAAUCUCAGUCAGUUGUAAACAACAAAGAAGUGCUUGAAGGACUGGAAGGGUCUAUGAGACUAAAAUUGAAUUUAGACGUUGAAUGGCCAAGGUUUUAGAAUUAUAUAUUUUUACUAAGGGAAAUAGAAUUUGUCAUGAGAUAUGUAAAAUGAUUGUCCAAUUCCAUGGAUAUUGAAUAUAGAAGGAUUAAACAGGUAAUCUGGUAAGAUGUUCUAAGGAAGUGAAAUACCAAGUCUGAACACACCAUGUGACCACAUAGACUAUGACAAAUGCUUUCCAAAAUGUUUCUUGUCAUACACAGCUUCUUUUAUUAUAAACAUAGGUUACAGAGGCAUUUUAUCUAUGCCAUUAUUGAUAAAUGGGCAACCACAAUUCACCAAACAGAAUGACUGAAACAGAUAUUCAUACUUGACAAAUAUGGUCAAAUGGCUUUCUGAAACCCUACACACCUACCAACUAAAGGCAUUUGUCAUGGAAAUGUGUCUCAUGUAGAUUUCAGUUCUGUUGAAGUCAGUGGAAGGUAUACCAGAAGAAUAUGUUCUAAUCUAUCGCCAUUCUGUUCAGAUUUGAUUAUUUCUGUUCGUUCUUUCUAGAAUUUGAAAAUCAUUUGGUAUUUUGCUAAAUCGGCUGCCUUUCUUACACAAAAAAAACUUUCAGUAAUUUCAUUUGGAUUUUAUCACAUGGAAUAAAUUUUUACCAGAAACCCCUGUAAUGGGUUCACCUUAGGAUCACCAUAAGUCGGAAAUGACUUUAAGGCACAGAACAACAAGAACAGCAGCAGUAGCACCAACAGAGUGAUUAGUUGUGACGUGAUUCUGUGCUAAACAUUGAUAUUAGAUAGCCAGGCCUUCUGAUGCUUUGGCUCUCUUUCCUUGUUUUGUUCAAAAUUGUCUUUUCUUCCAAUUUUUUGAAAUCUUCUAAUUGCCCUGAAUAUACUUUAGGAAUUUGUAUUUUUUUUUACCUUAAGACAGGUACUAGUAGCUCAGAAGUGCUAGAAAUUAUUUUUAUUCAUUAGCUAUCUGUGCUUAGCUUUUAAAACUUAAAACAAAUAUAAUUGUUUUAAAUACCCCUUGAAUUGUAAUUCUUUGCACUUUCAUUCAGAAGUAAGCCCUAUUGAAUAGGUAAAUUGUUCAGAAGAUUCAGGCUUAAUGUAAAUCAUCAUUGAAAGACCUAUGUGAUUUGUCUAAAAUGUGAUUGAAUAAAUUAGCUGGGUACAAAUCAGCAUCAAUUAUGGAAAUUCACAAUGAAUGCAGAAAGCAUUGUUGGUUAUGGUACAUUUUUUGGGAUGCCUCAACCACAGAAAAGCUAUUAUACUGAUUUUUUUUUAGUUCCUGGGAAUUGCCAUGUUCAUCUAUAUUUCAAGAUCUUUUAAUGCCAUUCCGUUUCUUUAAAAAUAGAUAAAAUGCAAAAGGAAGAAAAAUGCCCACUGACAACAUUCCCAGUUUGAUGUGGUUUCUAAAAAAUGUAAACAAAAAAACCUCAAAAGGUCCCUUUAAAAGUAAAUUGUAGCAAAACUGCUUAUGGUACAUGUUGAGUAAACAUGUUUGCUUACCUGAUAAUAUGAAAGGUUCUCACUAUGGAAUUCAUGGAUCUUCUGUCAAUAAAUUAUUUAAAUUAGGCAAAUCUGAAGUAGAAAUGAAGGCAGUGACACUUGGGAAUGGCUCAGCAAAGAAAAUUUUUGUGUAUGGUACCUGCAUUCUAUGUUAAGUAAAAUCAAACAGAUCUUGCUGAAGUAACACUAUACAGAGCAGCUUUAUUAAAUAUUACAGCAGCAAAUAAAUGUCCUUUGUACUAUGUAUUUAUGUAAAUUGGGUGCUAAUAAAUACUAUUUUUCAA